CAUAUAGUAAUUCCUAUUUAGAGAUUCUUCCCACAAUGAAAGAUGUGGACGUGGUGAGGUAAUAACAUAUCCAUAACAAAGUAAACAUAUGCCUGUUCUUAUUGGUCCAGCUGCAUUUGUCUUCUCGGCGUGGAGUUAGUCUUAAUUACCAACUUAUCGAAACGGACCUUCCAGACAGUCCUUAAAAAAAAACACACACACACACAUAUAUGUGUGUACAUAUAUAUACAUAUACACACACACACACACACACACACACACAUUUUAAAUCUUUGCAUAUGGUCAACCUGUUACAACAGCAAAUUUAAGACACCGUUUUAGGAUUUUCAAAUAUUUCCAUAUAUAACAUGAAAAGAGAGUCAGAUUACAAUUUAAAUUAUUUAAACGAAACCAUGCACAGUCCUUGCCAUUUCGAGUUUCCUCUGCAUGUAUAAUGCUAAGACUAAAACAUAAAUGUAAAUACUUUUGUUAAGCAAGGCGACUGAAGAGACCGGACCAGUCCCAAGAGCGAUAGGCUCCCGGUCACAAGGCUAAACAGUGUAUUUCCUCAUUAUUUGCUGCGCUACCGUGACGCAGUACAAAAGUUAAUGUUGAUGCUUGGCGGCGGAUACCAUGCAGGAAUGCAGAAAUUUGGAGAGGAGUAAGCUGAAGGGGGCUGGGGACAUGCUUCCUAAACUGGACGCGCAACUGGAGGAAGUUUUCUCACACUUGGUCCUGGAGCAAGAGGACGAAGAUAAGAAUGACAAGAGGAGGACGAAGUCUUUGCCCCUUUCCCCCGAGGGCUGCAAGAAGAGGGUUCAGUUCGCGGACGCGUUUGGAUUAAACUUGGCGAUUGUGAAGCACUUCAGCCUUACCGAGGAGUACCUGGGUCCGAGUCAUCCUGCACAACACGAACGGGCAAGUCUGGAUGAUCUGUGCCACACGCUCAAUUCCGAGCUGGGCAGUGAGCGUUUUGUACCAUACUUUAAGAUGCCUGUAGAGACGGAGCGCUUUGACGCACUGCUCCAGCGCUGUCGGGUGGCUCUAGAAAAAGUCACCGUCUAUAAUUUUGACAUCCGAGGGUCAAUCAGAGCCCUGACCUCGGACUGCUGCAGAAAAGAGGUGGGUGUGAGGUACACUUUCACCGACUGGCGCUCUUUUUUGGACGUGCAGGCGACCCUCGCAGCGGGACAUGGGGACGCCGAAACUGGGGAGCGCUAUGGGUUUACCGUGCACGCACCCCCGCUUCUGGAUGUCGGAUCCUCAGUGCACUUCGCAGUCUACUGCAGGACUGACCAGGCCGACUUCUGGGAUAACAACGAGGGCCGCAAUUACAGCCUGGUGCAUCAGCGCAAAGUAAACAGGGGCGAUACGGAAUCCAGCGCAGUCUAACCGCAACUCUUUCAUUCCAGUAAUUGCCAGGACUUAAAGGAUCUGCAUUAGCCCAGCCUUGGAGAGGUGUGAUCACUCACUAAGUCACGUUUUCCACCCGAGUGGAAAUUAUUGCUUUGACAUUGUUCUGUACCGACACCUUGUAGCCUAAAUAUUAUAGGAUGAAAUUAACAGAGUAUCCGAUUUUAAUUUAAUAGACUUUACAAUUAAUUAGGUCGAACAAAUGUCUCUGUAUUAUAAUACAAUAUUAAGAUAAAUAUUGACAGUACUAGUUGUCUAUGCACAGUGUGGUAGAUGUAGUAUGACCUUGCACUUUUAUUACAAUCUAUUUCAUGAACGAUUUUAUCGGGAAGAGUUAUGAUGUCAAUAAACAGUGGGAAUGAAGUAUGAA